UAAGGGUCAGAAGUCAGAAGAUUGAUUUUUCGGAAAGAAACGCUCUUCUAGUGCCUGAGUCCGAUUAAACUGAAGUUCAGUGUCAUUCAGUGUUGAACUAGUAACCGUAACGAGGAUUGCACGCCGCAGUGCCCGCAGUUUUAUGUCAGUGCACGUGCCUGAGUUGUUACGCAUAAGUGGACAUAAGUGGACAUAAAUUGUAAACAAGCUAAGGAAGGGUUAGACUAGGUAGUAGGUGGCAGAUAGAAUGUGUAGGCGUUUGUAUACGCGCGGCUUAUCAGUCAUGAGUGUUUCUCGCGAGUCGAGGGCGCACCAGAAGAAAUUGAGGUAAUCAAGAUGCAUAUGUCAUACUGGUUCGGCGUGGAUCUGGGCAGCUUCCUAUUUUCAGGAUACAACGUUACCACGGUUUGGGGCCUGGUGGCAACGUGCCUGGGCUUGGCCGCCCUCGCAGUGCUAUACGAGGCCAUGAAGGUCUCGCAGAUCCACCUGCAGCAGGCUGCGAUUAGGCCCAUACCUAGGACAACGUCAGCCGCCUCGGAGAGUUCGUCCCUCCUGUCCAGAGUGACACCGAAGAACUUUGGAACUCACACAAGAUGUGGAAGCUGCUCGAGAUGGACAUUGCAAAUGUUGCACUGGUCUCUUCACACUACGCUUGGUUAUAUCCUGAUGAUGACUGUUAUGACGUACAAUGCAUAUAUCACCAUCGCCCUCAUAAUCGGAGCGUUCUUUGGAUACUGCAUAUUCGGUCCUACUCUCGUACAAUUAAACAUGCAACGUUUUCACCGCAAACAAGCAAUUGUGGAAUGUGAUAAGAAUUGCGAAGAUAUUAUCUCAAAUCAACAGAGACGCGAAUCUGCUGUCUCUAUCGUUGCUGAGCAAUUAGUCAUCGAAGCGAAUAUCGAAGUUCACGUACCAAGAAAUACGUGAGUUUUGACAUCCAAACAUAGCAAUGGAAAGUCUGAGAUUAUCUAGGAUAAAUUAUUAUUAUUGUCAUGCAUUACAUAUUUGUAUGUAUACGCAGGACGUUUUACACAGAUGUUUUAUUAUAAAUCACGAAGAUACAUGUAUAAAGAUAUGUACAUAUAUAAAGAUAUGAUAAGAUUUAUUAUAAUAUGAUAUUUACAAGUAAUACAAGAUCCUUGUUAGAUUUCUAUAUACCAGAUACAAGAAUGUUAUUUUGUUGUAAUAGGUAUACAAAUAUACGUAACGUUAACCAUUAA